AUGGCUGAAGCUGAUGUUGAUAAUGAACUUUUGGACUAUGAAGAGGAAGAGGAGCCUCAAGGAGCCCUGGAGAGUUCGACCCCUGCAAACAAAAAGGCCGUGAAGGGGUCGUACGUAUCCAUCCACAGCUCUGGGUUCAGAGAUUUCCUCCUCAAGCCCGAGCUCCUCCGUGCCAUCAUUGACUGCGGCUUUGAGCAUCCAUCUGAAGUUCAGCAUGAGUGUAUCCCUCAAGCCAUCCUGGGCAUGGACAUUUUGUGUCAAGCAAAGUCUGGUAUGGGAAAGACUGCUGUGUUUGUGCUUGCCACCUUGCAGCAGAUUGAACCUGUGGAUGGUCAAGUCUCUGUUCUGGUGAUGUGCCACACCCGGGAGCUGGCCUUCCAGAUCAGCAAAGAGUACGAACGCUUCUCCAAAUACAUGUCUACCGUCAAGGUGGCUGUCUUCUUUGGCGGCGUGCCCAUCAAGAAGGACGAAGACAGCCUGCGGCAGAGCUGCCCGCACAUAGUGGUGGGCACGCCCGGCCGCACCCUGGCCCUCAUCCGCAACAAGAACCUCAGCGUAAAGAACAUCAAACACUUUGUGCUCGACGAGUGCGACAAGAUGCUGGAGCAACUGGACAUGAGACAUGACAUCCAGGAGAUCUUCCGGCUGACUCCCCACGAGAAGCAAGUCAUGAUGUUCAGUGCCACGCUUAGCAAGGAGAUCCGCCCAGUGUGUCGCAAGUUCAUGCAGGAUCCCAUGGAGGUAUUUGUGGAUGACGAGACCAAACUGACUCUACACGGCCUGCAGCAGUAUUACUGCAAGUUGAAGGACAGCGAGAAGAACAGAAAGCUCUUUGACCUGCUUGAUGUGCUUGAGUUCAACCAGGUGGUGAUAUUUGUCAAGUCGGUGCAUCGCUGUGUGGCACUUUCCCAGCUGCUCGUGGAGCAGAACUUCCCAGCCAUUGCCAUUCAUGGUGGCAUGGUGCAGGAGCAGAGGUUGUCCCGGUACCAGCAGUUUAAAGACUUCCAGCGGCGGAUCCUGGUUGCCACAAACCUGUUUGGACGAGGCAUGGAUAUUGAGCGUGUCAACAUCGUCUUCAACUACGACAUGCCAGAGGAUUCCGACUCGUACCUGCACAGGGUGGCUCGGGCCGGCAGGUUUGGCACCAAAGGUCUGGCCAUCAGUUUUGUGUCCGACGAGACUGACGCUAAGACUCUGAACGAGGUCCAAGACCGCUUCGAGGUCAACGUGGCUGAGCUGCCAGAGGAGAUCGAUAUCUCUACUUACAUUGAACAGUCCAGAUGA